UCUCUUAUUUUUGGGAUUUUUUUUACAAAAAUUGAAAGAAACGAAAAAAAUUCUGGGUAGUAACUGGUUUGUGGACAAAAGUCAUUUGCGGAUAAUCGUUUUUUCCGGAGUCAGAUCCGGAUUCUAUAUUUCUCCUAUAGUAGAGCCGAACAGAGUCGAACACAUCAGGCAGGAUUUUCUGGAUUAAUCUUGUCUGGACAAAUCACUAAAUCUGAAAAUAUCCUGAUUAGGAACUUGGAUUCUAGAAAAUCCAAAUAUUUUCUAUCCUUUAAUUUCUCAAAAGUCUUCAAAAUCCAUUUGAAAAAGAAUUCUUGGAAAAUAAAAAAAAUUCUUUUUUUUUUCAGUUUUUACGCAGAAGAAAAAACUUUGGCAGCCCCAAAAUCAAUGAAACAAUCAGGCCCUACUUCUGGAGGAUUAGCAACACAUGCACCAUCAUUAGCAAGUGGAGGGGCAGCAAAAUUUUAUGGAAGGGAUUUGCGGGAAUAUGAUGACAAGGAUAUUGAAGGGCUUUUGUCUAAUUUGUCAAUGGAGGAAUUGGAGGAUUUAAAUAAUGAUUUUGAUCCUGAUAAUUCUCUAUUACCACCCUCUCAGCGUUGUCGUAAUCAGACCGAUAAAGAACCAACAGGCCCCUAUCAAAGAGAUAAAUUAUUAAAAUAUUUGGAAGACAAGGCCAAAACUGAAAAAGAUUGGGAAGAAGUUGUGCCAUUUUCUCCAGGAAUUAAAAGAGGCAAAAUUUUUGAACCUAAAGACGAUGAAGAAAGGGAAAAUAAAAUUGGUAUAAAGGGGGAAAUGCAAAUGCCAAUAGAAUUGGAUAUUGAUGAUGACGAUGAUGAAUAUGAUGGAAAUGAUGAUGUUUUGAUUGAAAAAGCUCUUAAAAAUGCCCCAGAAGGGGAUUUGGUUGAUUUGGCUGGAAUUUUGGGAAUGCACAAUGUAUUAAAUCAACCACAAUAUUAUAAUGCUUUGAAAGGAAGAGGGCAAAAUGAAGAAACUGGAUUUUCGUUUAAUGGUGUUAUAAAAGCAUUUCAACCACGUCCAGUCCCAGAUGAACCUGAAAAUGAAACUGAUGUCGAGGAUUGUAUUAGAAGGCUAGAGCAAAGCGAUACGUCUUUAAAUGAAAUAAAUAUAAAUAAUAUGAAAAGAAUUUCAAAAGAAAGAAUUAGACAAAUGAUUAGAGCGGCGACGAAAUCUAAAAAUUUACAAAAAUUGUCGUUGGCUAAUACUGCUAUUUCCGAUCAAGAAGCUAGGCCUCUUUUGGAAUUAAUAGAAAGGACAGAUUCUCUAAAAAUUCUCAACAUCGAGUCGAACUAUAUUAGUCCAGAAAUGAUUGCCAAAUUACUGAGGGCAACAUUAACAACCCAAUCCCUCGUUGAAUUUCAUGCUGAAAAUCAAAGACAAUCAGUUCUUGGAAAUCAAAUAGAAAUGGAUAUAAUGUUAAGUGUUGAAGAUAAUGAUUCUCUUUUACGAGUUGGCGUUUCUCUUCAAUCUAUGGAGGCAAGAAAUCGUGUUGGUGAAGCCCUUGAAAGGAAUUAUGAACGACGUAUAUUUUUUUGUUAA